AUGAUGUGCCAUUGGCUCUACCUCUUUUUCUUGCUUUCCAAUCUUCAGUUUAUUUCAUCUUUUUUUGCUCACACUUCCACUCAUAUGUGCCCUCAUGACCAGAGCAUUGCCCUACUAGAAUUCAAGAACACAUUUUCAAUACAACAAUAUGCAGCUUCCUCAAUUUGUGAUUAUUAUGGAGUUUCUUACCCAAAGACUGAGUCCUGGAAAGAAGGUGUGGACUGUUGUACAUGGGAUGGGGUUAGUUGUGAUAUUAUCACUGGUCAAGUGAUUGGUCUUGACCUCAGUUGCAGUAGGCUUGAGGGCACGUUAUCUUCCAACAACAGCCUCUUCCUCCUCACACACCUUCAACAUCUCAAUCUUGCUUUUAAUGACUUUUCAAACUCUAGGAUUCCUCCUGAGUUCGGCCGAUUCAAGAGUUUGACACAUCUUAACCUCAGUUUUUCCUGGUUUUCAGGCCAAGUCCCAUCAGAGAUCUCCUAUCUAUCCAGUUUGAUUUCUCUUGAUCUCUCUCUUUCAUUUGAUUUGGAGCUUGAAGCACCUGCACUGAGAAAGUUUGUUCAGAAUUUUACAAUUAUCCAAGAACUUCGCCUUUACUAUGUUAACAUGUCCUCAGUUAGUGCAAGUUACUUGGUGAAUCUCUCUUCCUCACUAACAUCUCUCGAUCUUCGUGAAUGUGGAUUGCAAGGAGAAUUCCCAGAAAACAUUCUCUACCUGCCAAAGCUUCAGUCACUCGCUUUAUCGGCUAGGGAAGGCCUCACUAUUGUUCUUCCAAAGUCUAAUUGGAGCACUCCUCUCAGGAACUUAGAACUCCGACACAUGCCUUUCACAGGCCGAUUUCCAAAAGCAAUCAACAAUUUGUUGUCCUUGGAGCAUUUGACUCUUUGGAACUGCAGUUUGACAGGAUUGAUUGAUGCCUCUAUUUGGAACCUUACGCAACUCAGAAGUUUGAACCUCGGAUUCAACAAUCUUAGUGAGAUUCCAUCUUCACUUACAAACCUCACACAACUAGAAUUUUUAUCCCUUCGACAUAAUCUACUGUUAGGCUCCAGCUCCAUUCCUAACUUGUCAAAUCUUUCAAAACUAGUUGUCCUAGACUUGGGUUUUAACUUUCUAAAUGGUACCAUUCCAUCUUGGUUGUAUACCCUUCCAUCAUUGCAUACUUUGUACCUUCAUAAUAACCAGUUUACUGGUCCUAUCGGUGAAUUUGAGCAUAAAUCCUUAGAAGUCCUCAUUUUAAGAAAUAACAAGUUGCACGGAUUUGUUCCAAGAUCUAUCUUUGAUUUCGUUAACCUUAUUUCUCUUGACCUGUCAUCAAAUAACUUGAGUGGUUUGAUAGAGUUGGACAUGUUCUCAAAGCUCUCGAAUCUUCGAUCUCUUGAUCUUUCAUAUAACAAUCUAUUAGUAACCAAUAACAUCAAAUACAAUUAUUCAUUACCCAAGUUGACAUAUUUGUCUCUCGCCUCCUGCAACUUAACCGAAUUUCCUAAUUUCUUGGGAGGCUCAAAAUAUAUGGACAACUUAGACCUUUCCAACAAUAGGAUUCGUGGGCAAGUUCCUCAAUGGAUGUGGGAGGUGGGGAGGGAAUCAAUGUAUUAUUUAAAUCUUUCUCACAACCAUCUAACUGAUAUAGGGAAACUUCCAUGGAAGUCUCUUGAAUUUCUUGACAUUCAAUCCAACAUGCUUCAAGGACCAUUACUAGUUCCGCAGUUUAACAUCGUUGUUUUCCUCAUCUCAAACAAUAAAUUGAGUGGAGAGAUACCACAUUUGAUCUGCAAUGCUAGUGGUAUUGAAAUACUUAAUCUUUCACAAAAUAGGUUAUCUGGGACUAUUCCAGAGUGCAUUGGAAACUUUAGCAGAAACCUAGAAGUGUUGGAUUUAUCGAGGAAUACAUUUCACGGGAAAAUCCCAAAAAGCUUUGCAGAUGGCAGCAUCUUGAAAACUCUCAACUUCAAUGGAAAUCGAUUUGAAGGGAUUUUGUCAAGAUCAAUUGCGAAUUGUAAAAUGCUGGAAGUUCUUGAUCUUGGCAACAACAAGAUAAAUGAUACAUUCCCCCAUUGGUUGCUCACUCUCCAAGAACUGAAAGUCGUUAUUCUAAGGUCCAAUAGAUUUCAUGGUCCCAUUCAUGAUCAUGAGAACAAUCCUCUUUUGCCUAUAUCUUUACAGAUAUUUGAUAUUGCAAAUAAUGCAUUUUCCGGUCCUUUGCCAACAAAUUAUAUCAAGAAUCUGAAGGCCAUGAUGGAUACUGGAGAUGGUACAAACAGUCUGCAAUAUGUUGGAGGUGCAACGGUGGGUUCGUAUUAUCAAGAUUCUGUGUCUGUGUGCAUGAAAGGGCUAGAGUACAAGCUGGUAAAAAUUAUAUCAACAUUCAAGACCAUUGAUUUCUCAAACAACAAGUUUGAAGGAGAUAUUCCAGAAGUAAUUGGAAAGCUUACAGCUCUUAAAGGCCUCAACAUUUCAAAUAACAUGAUUGGAGGUCACAUUAGAUCAUCAUUGGGAAAUUUGACAGGUCUUGAAUGGUUAGAUCUCUCUUUCAACAAGCUAAUAGGGGAGAUUCCUGGAGAAUUGACAAGUCUAACCUUUCUAGCAAAGUUAAAUCUAUCAAAUAACAAGCUUGAAGGACCCAUACCGAAGGGCAAACAGUUCAACACAUUUGACAACAGUUCCUAUGAAGGGAACCUGGGUUUAUGUGGAUUUCCAUUGUCAAUGACAUGUGGAAAUGAUGAUGAGAAUACACAGUCACCACCACUAGCUUCACUUCUCAACGAAGAGGAUGACAAUGCAAGUGGGUUUGAUUGGAAAAUUGUGGCGAUGGGUUAUGGUACUGGACUAGUGAUUGGAUUGUCUAUUGGAUACAUCGAAGCAUAUGAUGCCAUAAGAGAAUUAAGCGAUCCAGAUUUACAAGACCGAUUCAUCUGCAGUAUGAUAUUGCAAUAG